AUGGAAUCAAGAAAGGAGAUGCUGCUGAUGAUGGAGCGAGGUCAGCAUGGCAAUCUUGCUGGCAGGAGGGUGUCGAAUUUGUCAGAACCAGCUGGAAGCCCAGUAACCGAGUCCCAAGAAAACGUGGUCCAGAGGAAUUGUUUGAGUCCUGAGUCGGCGCCUGUGACACUGGAGAGUGGAGACGAGGAGACCGAUGCCAGAGCCGAUGGUAGCACUCAGAUGAGACCCGGCUCAAGACUCCUUGUCCCGGACAAGUCAUCAUUAGAUGGUCGCUCGGCGAAAAGUAAAUGCCUCUCUGUCCAAAACAGUCCGGAAACUGAGUCAGAUUAUUAUGAUGAGAUAGAUGUCAGUUGUACUGCAGACUGUGUGCCGGGAAAUCAAGAUUACCACGGAAACAAAGGUUCAGGGCACUCUUCCGAUCCGAUGGGCAGUAACGGCGGGGGAGAGCUUCCCAAAGUGAACAGUUCCCAGAGCCUGAUGGGCGGCAGUGGAGCUGAUCAGAUGCGCCGGUACCGGACCGCUUUCACCAGAGAACAGAUCGCCAGGCUGGAGAAGGAAUUCUACCGGGAAAACUACGUUUCCAGGCCCAGGAGAUGCGAGUUAGCAGCGGCUUUAAAUUUACCAGAAACCACUAUCAAGGUGUGGUUCCAAAAUCGCAGAAUGAAGGACAAGAGACAGCGUUUGGCUAUGACCUGGCCUCAUCCCGCCGAUCCUACUUUCUAUACUUACAUGAUGAGCCACGCGGCGGCCGCUGGCAACCUGCCCUACCCCUUCCCAUCCCAUGUACCUCUUCACUACUACCCUCACAUGGGCAUGUCUGCAGCAUCAGCCUCAGCGACCAGUCCCUUCAGCACCCCUCUGAGACCCCUGGACACCUUUAGGGUUCUUUCCCACCCCUACCCGCGACCAGAAUUGCUGUGUGCAUUCAGACACCCCUCCCUAUACCCUUCUACCACUAACCAUGGAAUUGGUAGCGCAGCGAGCAGCCCUUGCUCAUGCCUAACGUGCCAUAGCAGCCAAUCGAACGGGGUGGUACAAAGACCUGCGGGGACAGACUUCACAUGUGCUUCAACCUCCAGAACUGACACAUUCCUCACCUUCACACCUUCUGUGUUGGGCAAGGCUGCUGCGGUAUCCCUGGACCAGAGGGAAGAAGUUCCUUUAACGAGAUAA